AUGGGGCUCACGUUCACGAAGCUGUUCAGCCGGCUCUUCGCCAAGAAGGAGAUGAGGAUCCUCAUGGUCGGUCUCGAUGCGGCUGGUAAGACCACCAUCCUCUACAAGCUCAAGCUCGGAGAGAUCGUCACCACCAUCCCCACAAUCGGGUUUAAUGUCGAAACUGUAGAGUACAAGAACAUUAGUUUCACCGUUUGGGAUGUCGGGGGUCAGGACAAGAUCAGGCCCCUGUGGAGGCACUACUUCCAGAACACCCAGGGUCUCAUUUUUGUCGUGGACAGCAAUGACAGAGAGCGUGUUGUUGAGGCAAGAGAUGAGCUUCACCGGAUGCUGAAUGAGGAUGAGCUGCGUGAUGCUGUGCUGCUGGUGUUUGCAAACAAGCAAGAUCUUCCUAAUGCCAUGAAUGCUGCUGAAAUCACUGACAAGCUUGGCCUGCAUUCCCUGCGCCAGCGACACUGUACAUCCAGAGCACAUGUGCUACCUCUGGGGAGGGGUUGUACGAGGGCCUUGACUGGCUGUCCAACAACAUUGCCAACAAGGCUUGAAGCAUCUCGGCAGGGGCUUCUAUGGAUCUGGAUAAGCUGGAUAUUCGGACUAAUACUGCCUUUACGUAUUAUAAACUAUAUAGUCUUGACAGAUAAUGUGGGUGUUUUGGAAAGAUAA